CGCGGGCGGAGGAGGCGCAGGCGCGGCGGCCGCGGCCCUGCCCCAGCCCGGCUGCGGCGGAGGCGGCGGCGGAGCCGGCGGGGCGGCGGCGGCGGGAUGGCGGCGCCGCUGAGCGACGGGGACCGUCGGAAGCAGAUCAGCGUGCGGGGCAUCGCGGGGCUGGGCGACGUGGCCGAGGUGCGCAAGAGCUUCAAUCGCCACCUGCACUUCACCCUCGUCAAGGACCGCAACGUCGCCACCCCCCGCGACUACUACUUCGCGCUGGCGCACACGGUGCGCGACCACCUGGUGGGUCGCUGGAUCCGCACCCAGCAGCACUACUACGAGCGGGACCCCAAGCGCAUUUACUACCUGUCCCUGGAGUUCUACAUGGGUCGCACUCUGCAGAACACCAUGGUGAACCUGGGCCUGCAGAAUGCUUGCGACGAGGCCAUUUACCAGCUGGGUUUGGACUUGGAGGAGCUGGAAGAAAUUGAAGAAGAUGCUGGACUGGGAAAUGGAGGCCUGGGCCGCCUGGCAGCCUGUUUCCUGGACUCCAUGGCCACACUGGGUCUGGCAGCGUAUGGUUACGGCAUCCGCUACGAGUUUGGGAUCUUCAACCAGAAGAUUGUUGAUGGCUGGCAGGUGGAGGAGGCGGACGACUGGCUGCGCUACGGCAAUCCCUGGGAGAAGGCCCGCCCCGAGUACAUGCUCCCGGUGCACUUCUACGGCCGUGUGGAGCACACUCCCGAGGGGGUGAAGUGGAUCGACACCCAGGUUGUCCUUGCCAUGCCUUACGACACCCCAGUGCCUGGAUACAAGAACAACACUGUGAACACCAUGAGACUCUGGUCUGCCAAGGCCCCAAAUGACUUCAACCUCCAGGAGUUCAAUAUGGGUGACUACAUCGAGGCAGUGUUGGACAGAAACCUGGCAGAAAACAUAUCCAGAGUCCUGUACCCAAAUGAUAACUUCUUUGAAGGCAAGGAGCUGCGGCUGAAGCAGGAGUACUUUGUGGUGGCUGCCACCCUCCAGGACAUCAUCCGCCGCUUCAAGUCCUCCAAAUUCGGCUGCCGGGACCCCGUGAGAACAUGCUUUGAAACCUUCCCAGACAAGGUGGCUAUUCAGCUUAAUGACACCCACCCUGCCCUGUCCAUACCAGAGCUCAUGCGAAUCCUGGUGGAUGUGGAGAAAGUGGACUGGGACAAGGCCUGGGAGAUCACAAAAAGGACCUGUGCCUACACCAACCACACAGUGCUGCCUGAAGCCCUGGAGCGCUGGCCGGUCUCCAUGUUUGAGAAGCUGCUGCCACGGCACCUGGAGAUCAUUUACGCCCUCAACCAAAUGCACCUCGAUCGUGUGGCAGCUCUGUACCCGGGGGACAUCGACCGUCUGCGCAGGAUGUCGGUGAUCGAGGAGGGAGACUGCAAGCGGAUCAACAUGGCUCAUCUCUGCGUCAUCGGCUCCCACGCCGUCAACGGCGUGGCCCGCAUCCACUCCGACAUCGUGAAGAACUCGGUGUUCAAGGAUUUCUAUGAGCUGGAGCCAGAAAAGUUUCAGAACAAGACCAACGGGAUCACGCCGAGGCGCUGGCUCCUGCUGUGCAACCCAGGAUUGGCUGACAUUAUUGCUGAGAAAAUUGGGGAAGGCUUUAUCACAGAUCUGAGCCAGCUGAAGAAGCUACUGGAGUUCAUCGAUAAUGAGACUUUUAUCAGGGAUGUGGCAAAAGUCAAGCAGGAGAACAAGCUGAAAUUUGCAGCCUACCUGGAGGAGCAGUACAAGGUGAAGAUCAACCCUACGUCCAUGUUUGAUGUCCAGGUGAAGCGAAUCCAUGAGUACAAGCGGCAGCUGCUGAACUGCCUGCAUGCCAUCACCCUCUACAACCGCAUCAGAUGUAAUCCAUCCAAAUCCUUUGUGCCCAGGACCAUUAUGAUUGGAGGAAAGGCGGCCCCUGGCUACCACAUGGCCAAGAUGAUCAUCAAACUCAUCACAUCCAUUGGUGAGGUCAUCAACAACGACCCCUACGUGGGGGACAAGCUCAAGGUCAUCUUCCUGGAGAACUACCGGGUAUCCUUGGCUGAGAAGGUGAUCCCAGCAGCGGAUCUCUCCCAGCAGAUCUCCACAGCUGGCACGGAGGCCUCAGGUACCGGCAACAUGAAGUUCAUGGUGAACGGGGCCCUCACCAUUGGUACCAUGGACGGAGCCAACGUGGAGAUGGCUGAGGAGGCAGGAGAAGAAAACCUCUUCAUAUUUGGCAUGCGGGUGGAGGACGUGGAGGCCCUGGACCGGAAAGGGUACAACGCCCGUGAGUACUACGAGCGCCUGCCCGAGCUGCGCCAGGCCAUCGACCAGAUCACCAGCGGCUUCUUCUCCCCGCGGGACCCCGGCUGCUUCAAGGAUGUUGUCAACAUGCUCAUGUACCACGACAGGUUUAAGGUGUUUGCAGACUAUGAGGCCUACAUUAAGUGCCAAGGGCAAGUGGACCAGCUGUUCAUGGAUCCCCGGGAAUGGACAAGGAAAGUCAUCAGGAACAUUGCGUGCUCGGGCAAGUUCUCCAGUGACAGAACCAUCACAGAGUAUGCCCGUGAGAUCUGGGGGGUGGAGCCUUCUGCCACAGCAAUCCCCCCGCCCAACCUGCCCCGAAAUUGAUGCAAGCACCAAGGGAAGGAAGGAGGGAUAUGCUCCCAUUGCAGAAAGCCUCACCUGCAUUUCACCACCAGUCAGAUGGGCUCAGCUCUGCAGAACCAAGGCCUUUCCCUCAGAGGGAUAGAAGGAUGCUCUGAGGAGGAGCCCUGAC